CGAGGUUAGUGUCAGCGCAAGUUCUGUCCUCCGCUGGUCUGACGGUCUCCACUUCCUCUUCUCUCUCGGUUGAAAUUCAGCCCACAGGUCGUUCCCUUCGGAGUCACAGUGUCCCAGCGGCUUGACCGGCCCUGACUUUCCAGUAUUCUUCUAUACCCCGCAGGCAACCAACCAGCCUUCGUAUGCUACGAUGACCUUCCUCUUUCUCCUGCAACUGUGCGCUCUGCAUACUGUGCUGACGAAGAAGGCUUACGCAGCACCUGCUUCAGAUCAAAGUGGGGCUCCAAGACCCCCGCAUUUGGAUGCCGUUGACUGUAAGGGAAGAGAAGCCAUCAUCAAGUGGGUUACCGGAAGUGGAGAUCAGCCCACCCUCAGCUACUCAGUCUAUCACCGCGAGAGUAGAGCUUACUGUAGCAGAGCUGUCAGGCAGAUGCGCCGCCAUGUGGUCGACGCUGCUUUCUUCAGAAUUGCGAUGCCUCUGAUACCUUUUACGAACAACAGCUUCUGGGUGACUGGGCAGAAUGACGCAGGGAUUUCAGAUCCCUCGAAGAUGGGGAGCUGUAGCGUUCCUCCAGAACUUCCCUCAAGGAACCCACCUGAUGUCAAAGUUUCUCGCCUCGUGCUGAAUGUUCUCACUGUGACGUGGACGGUAGUACCCCGUGAAGACCACAAUGGCCCAGGUUUUCAGUAUUUGGUCUCAUGGCAGAGAUGGGAAGCAGAAGAAGGAGAAACUGAGCAGAAAUUGCUCGACUUAAGGUCAAGUGACAACGGAACCUCUGGCGACAGCAACCAUGAUUUGCUUCAAGAGAAUGGGGAAGACAUCGAUGAGGAAAGUGGUAGUAGUUACCAUGAUAGUGAGGAGGACAAGGAGGAGGAGGAGGAUCUCGCAGAGGAAAAUGUGAAUGCAGUCGUGGGUAAUCAAGAAAAGAUUCGGGGGAAGAAACAGAACAAGUGGGGUUUAAAGGAAAUAAAGGACUGGACGAAAAACGAGACUGAAAUAGAAGUAGACCCAAACUAUUCCUACCUGAUCAAAGUGGAAAGUUGGAAUGACUUAGGUCGAGCUCCUAAUUCAACGCAGCCCAUCACAUCAAUUAGAGUUCCAGCAUCUAUAACAGAAAACUCCACCAUUGGUCAGGCAAUCAGCAUCUUCAAUAAAACUGAGAGUUUGCCACUUAAACACUUGAAUGGAUCGCAUGUAGCUUAAGAAGAAAUGAAGCCCAUAACAUCUAACUCUGAAAUGAUCAUUUCUGCCAAUAAUUACAAUACUGAGGAGAUAUUAGACACAAUAUCUACAGCUACACCACCACUGACAAGUAGCUCAUCCAGUCCAGG